AAGCAAAGAUUGAUGACAACAAAAAAUAGGAGCUGAGCAAAGCUAAACGGGGAAAUUAUAAAAGUGAAAUGUUACGCAAAAUGAGCGACGUGGAAGGGACCGAAUCAACCUGUAUCGAGUAAGGUGGACGCUUUGAAUCCCUAGGUCAUUUGCACCCAUGGAGCACGUUCUUGAGCCUUUUUGGAAGAUAAUGUUUCCCUGUUUUGGAAAUAGGGAAGCAGAAAUGUUAUCUGUUUCAGAAGAUGAAGAUGUCUUAUCUGAAGAAGAUGUGGAUAGGAUUUUAAAGACUUACAAGAAUCCUCUUCAGCUUGAGCAGUUUAUAAUGGAAGGUAAACAAAUAUGUUCAUUUCCCGUACAACUGUGCUACUUCACAAACCUUCAGAAAGUCAUUUUGUGUGGAAAUCAACUGAAUGACUUGCCGUGGUCUGUGAUUUACCUCAAGCAGCUCAAAGAACUUGAUGUGUCAUUCAAUUGUUUGCACGUUCUUCCAAGAAUUGUUGGACACAUUCCCACCUUGCAAAUUAUUUCAGUUCGAAACAACUUCAUCACUUAUUUACCAACGGAGCUUGUGAAUUUGUCAAAGCUAAAGAGCCUUGAUGUACAGGACAACCCUUUAACUUCACCUCCACCGGAAAUUGUACAACAGGGGCUGCACUCGAUUUUAGAUUACCUGAGAAAGAGAAAAAGCCGGAAAAACCUGUUUUUCAACUUUAAGCCGUGGUUUUCUGAAGACGAUAGCCUUGUCACAAAAGAAAUCCCGUCGCUUUUUGAACUCUGUAUCAAGUGUAUUCUUGACUGCCAUAUUGACUUUAUGAGUGCAAGACACGUACCACCCCGCCUAAAAUCAAACCUGGAAGACACGAGAAAGGAGGAACAGAAAUCAAUCUUCAUCUGCAAGUGCGACGUGUGCAGCAAGUAUUUUUCUAACCAGUUUAAAUUUGAAAUCCACGACUGUGGUGCCAAGUGGAGGGAGCGGAAUUCCUAGUUUUACAACUUACUAGCGAGAGCAAACCGUACAUAGAACUAUUUUAGUUACAGAGGUUGUUUUCUAACAAAAUUGUCACCGCACU